AUGGGGUUAAAUAAGGAAAACUUCAAACAGCAGUCUGGCCGCAAUCGCGCUGAUAGGAACAUGACACAAGUGCUAGUGAUACGGUACCGGCAAGCUAACAUGUUUGAGCGUGAAGACGAGCUAACAGCCACCAGACUACCACCGAGUGCAGGCACGGUGAAAGUGGCGGAAGUGGAGAGGUGGCCAACCUGGCAGAGGGCUAUGAAAGAGAUUACUAAACGUUUGGGUGCUGUCGGUUCUACUCGCCUACCAUGA